CAAGGGAGCCAGGCGCGGAGUGGGCCCGGCGCAGGAGCCUUUUCUCCCAUGUUGACCGCACCAUCGCAUCAACUGACGCCCACCAUCUCCGGACUCCCGGCCAGGUGCGCGCCUCGGCCUCUCCGACUCUUCCUUUCUUCUCUCUCUCGCCUCCGGCGACGGCCAGGAACCCCGAUCUCGGAGUCCUCCCCGUCGCGGCGUUGUUCGUUGGCGGUUCGGUCGCCGUUUGAUCCGAGGAAGAAGGGAGGGAGCCGGGAGCCGAAAUGGUGAAGGACAGUGCGUACUACGACAUCCUGGAGGUCAGCACCGACGCUUCCGUGGCCCAGAUCAAGAAGGCCUAUUACCUCAAGGCCAAGCUGGUGCACCCAGACAAGAAUCCCGGCAAUCCUGACGCGGCACGCAAGUUUCAGGAACUAGGUGAAGCCUAUCAGGUCCUAAGUGAUCCGGUGAAAAAGGAGUCUUACGAUAAGUAUGGAAAGGAAGGUCUUCCCCAAGAUAACAUGAUUGAUCCAACUGCUGUCUUUGGGAUGCUUUUUGGGAGCGACCAUUUUGAAGAUUAUGUUGGUCAACUUGCACUAGCAUCUGUUGCUUCAGUAGAGAUUGAGGAAGAAUCAACAACACCUGAGGCAAGGACAAGGGUUCAAGAGAAGAUAAAGGACGUGCAAACCGAAAGAGAGCAAAAACUUACUCAGAUUCUAAAGGAGCGGCUGCAGCCAUAUGUUGAUGGGAACCAAGAAGAGUUUGGUGAUUGGGCAAAUGCAGAAGCUCAGCGUUUGUCUCAAGCUGCUUUUGGUGAGGCUAUGCUUCACACUAUUGGCUACAUUUAUGUUCGACAAGCAGCAAGAGAACUUGGAAAAAGCAAACUGUAUAUGGGUGUACCAUUCAUAGCUGAGUGGGUAAGGGAUAAGGGCCACCAUGUAAAAUCGCAGGUUAAUGCUGCUGCAGGUAAAUCCGAGGAUAUUGAGUUACCCCCUUUUUGGUUAAAGAUGAGCCGAUUCUUCAGUGACUGCUAUACUCCUACUAUAGGUGCAAUUGCUCUGAUACAGCUACAAGAAGGGAUGAAAAAGAUUGAGGAGGGCGACAACAAGGAAGAGCAGCUUAUCAAGAGUAUUGAAGAGAAAAAAGAUGCAAUGCUCAAUUCUUUGUGGAAAAUCAAUGUGGUUGACAUUGAGUCAACGCUUUCACAUGUCUGCCAAGCAGUUUUGAAAGAAAAUAACAUUCCCAGAGAUGUACUGAAGUUGAGAGCAAGAGGAUUGAAAAAGCUGGGAUCAAUCUUUCAAGGCGCGAAGUCACACUACCGGCGCGAAAACAGCCUGCGGGUCGAAGAAGGCACGACAGAGGAGGCGGCGCCGUCGCAGUGAGGACGGCUGCGGAUAACUCUGCCACCGCUCCCCGAGACAGCAACAGCCCCCAACGCCGACCAUCGGAACCUGACAUUGUUCUCUGUCUGAAGAUUGGUAUGCUGUACGAAUGCAAGGCAUCUCUCCAUGCAGCACUCACUUAUCCUGCGACGGUCGAUAUCGAUGUGAAUAAUUCUCUGGAAUCAAUUCAGUGUUUUGUCCCGUACUGGUUUGCAUGACCACCGACCUUUGGAUGUUGAGUCUUAUUCAGAGUCGGACCAAGAGCAAUGCAGUAACGUGAGCAGCUCAACUUUUUGUA